UUAUUUAUUGGUCUUCUUAGCCUCGACCGAACUGAACUGAAUCAACACCGCUCGGCGUUGCCAUUCACGAAGGCUGUCGUAGCCACUUGCCACCCAUAGGUGGCGCACGGCGAGCGGCUCCAGGGGGCGGGCCGCCCGGGCACGCCUCCCCGGAGCGCUGUGGCGUGUCUCGGCUUCCGUAGAGCAUCGAGCAAGAUGGCAGCCUCCGAGACUGUUAGGCUACGGCUUCGAUUUGAUUACCCGCCGCCAGCCACCCCGCACUGCCUGGACUUCUGGCUUCUGGUCGACUUGAACCGAUGCCGGGUAGUCACGGACCUCAUUAGUCUCAUCCGCCAGCGCUUCGGCUUCAGUCCCGGGGCCCUCCUCAGCCUCUACUUGGAGGGGGGGCUCUUGCCCCACGGCGAGAGCGCGCGCCUGGUCCGAGACAACGAUUGCCUCAGAGUUAAAUUAGAAGAGAGAGAAGUCGCUGAGAAUCCUGAAAUAGUCAGUAAUGGUGAUAGUACUCAUUUCUUACCUAGAAAAGCAAAGAAGCGGUCAUUUAAGUUGGAGGAGGAUGAAGAAACUGAUUACAGAAAUUCAAAGAAGCAUUGGAAGAGGCGAGAGAACAACAAUGAGAACACUUUGGAUCCAGAACCAAAAGCUGUCACAGAUCAGAAUGGGAGGGGAAAAAACAAAAGGAAACACAAAGCCACACGUGAUGUAGUAGAUGAGGAUGACAAAGAGACCAGGAGAAAAUCACCAAAGAAGAGGGAGAAACGUGCGUAUAGAAAACAGACGAGGAAUCCCAAGUCUUCUAAAGCACAGACAGUGAAAGAGUGGACUGUCCAGAAGUGUAGUCCUCCAAAAGGUUCUGCUCGAAACAGCCUUGUUAAAGCCAAGAGGAAAGGUGGCGUGGACGUCCCUACGAAAGAUUGUCCCAGUUCCUCCUCAGAGUCUGAGUCUUGUCAUGAUUCAGCCAGUGAACUUUUGAGCAAUGUCAUCUUGGAGGUCAGAAAGUCCUCAGAGAAAGUAUCAACGGCAUUAUCAAAGGAAGGGCCCUCUAUAAAAAACACCACGGCAAACAAAGUAGCUACGACAAUUGCCUUUAACUCUGCCCCCAUCGAGGACAAGACAACCAGAACCUCUGACUCCAGUUCAGACUCGAGUUCAGAUUCAGAUGACCAAAGCGACGCGUCAAAGAGUUCCCUGGAGAAGACUGCGGGGCCCUUAAAGCCAGUGGGCCUGUUUGCAGGCAGAGGUCGUCCAGGUCCGGGGCCUUCAGCGCAGACCCCAAACGCUCCUGGGUGGAAGAACUCUGACCCAAAUGGUGGCAGACAGACUCCUCCUGGUCCUCCCAGCGUGACUUUUCCUACCAGUUUGGGAAGAGGUUGGGGUAGAGGAGAGGACCUUCUUUCUUGGAAGGGAAUUAGGGGUCGGGGCAUGCGGGGGAGAGGUCGAGGACGAGGACUUGCUGUUCCCCUUGUUUUAAAUAAAGACGCUGAAUAUGAGAAGCAGCAGCAUUUAAAUGAAACAGUAACAAACUCUUCUACUAUUAUCCAGAAUCCAGUACGGACACACAAGGACUACAGUCUGUUACCACUGUUAGCAGCUGCCCCCCAAGUUGGAGAAAAGAUUGCAUUUAAGCUUUUAGAAUUAACACCCGAUUAUUCUCCUGAUGUCUCUGACUACAAGGAAGGAAAAAUAUUGAGCCACAAUCCAGAGACCCAGCAAGUAGAUAUAGAAAUCCUUUCAUCCAGACCUGUUUCAUCCAUGAAAGAACCUGGGAAAUUCGAUUUAGUUUAUCACAAUGAAAAUGGAUCUGAGGUCGUGGAGUACGCUGUGACACAGGAGAGAAAGAUCACUGUUUUUUGGAGACAAUUGAUUGAUCCAAGACUGAUUAUUGAAUCUUCGAGUAACAACACAUCAAGCACAGAGCUUGCCUGACUAUGACCUCUCCACCUUGUAGUGUAUAAAUGCCUUGUUUGUGAAAGUGACUAUAACCUGAACUUUAAAAAAAAAAAAGAUUUGAAAGUUGUAUGCAGUUUUCUAUCUUCGUUUUACUGCAUAGGACAGAAUAUCUACCUCAUCAUUGAAAAUAACAUGGAUGUGCUGCUUUCUAGUCUUUUUUUUUUUUUCAGGUUUAAUUUUAGUAACAAAAUUUUUUUUUAAUGACAUUCCCUGUAGGCAUUGUUACAUACCAGUAUGUAUUGUUUCUUCUCUUUUUUAUUUUAUUUUUUGACCAUCAAGUAGCCAUUGUCAGAAGCAGUUUAUAAAGGCAAGUAUAAGAAAGUGCUGCACAUCUUGUCUCAGUAAGUUUUAUUAAGUAACAUUUUAAAACAUGAAAGCAUGUUACUUGACCUAAUUUUUUACAUUUGAGUUCUAUUAAAUGUGGAACCUCUUGCAAAUUUCAAGUAUUUUAUCCAUGUAAUUGUCAAGAAUUAACAAGUAGUUGGGUUUGUUGCAUGCAGUGAGUUAAGAAACCCUUUCACAUUUUUCUCAACUUUAAAGUGGAGGAUUCUUAGAGCCCAUGUAGAGUAGGAAAGUAAGACCUGCUGUCUGUGCCUUGGGCAGAACUGUUUCAGCUGGGUGAGAGGAUUUACUGUGGGUUCAGACCAGGAAUGUGUUACCUUGCUGCAAGAUCCCGGCACCUGGCUGAGUGUGCUAGAUUCAGGAUCUUGAACAAAACUUCCUUUCCUAUCACUGUUCCACACAAAGCUAAAAUGACUAAAUAUAUACUGUGAAAAUUGCUUUCUUUUAAUAAAAGAUCAGAUCCCUCCUUCA